CACGAAUGAAUGUGGUACUGCGACUGACGACAUUUUUGUGAGAUCACUCUUCGUUUUACGUGUAUUUUGUGCGAUAGAUGAACGUCGGUGUGCUCGGAUAGCACAUGGUGAUUUUCGACGACGAUUGAGCGUUGGAGAAAAAUCCGUUCGUCAAUUAAGAUACCUACGGAGGAAACAUACGCGCGAUCAUACGGACAUGUUGUCGACUGUCCGUUCCCACGAGAUCGCGCCGUGCAUGGAGCGUUUCACGGUGGAGUGAUAAUUCCUCGGGUCGAGAGUGAGAGCAACGAAGACUGUCUCGAAGAUUCCCGGUGCGGUGCGUUACGAGAGUACGAGCGCAUCCUCUCGGCGUUGCUCAGUGAUCGAUAAGUCACGCGGUAGACCCGGGGUUCAUUCGUGGCGUGGCUCGCGCGGCGCGUUCGUGCGGUUUCUUUACUAUGCGGCAGCUCGGCCUACGAGUCUCUCCGCCGUCUCUCUCUCGGUCCCUCUCCGUCGGAUGUGCUCCGUAAUAUAUUAAUUGACAAUUGACGAAGGAAGAAGGCACCAUUUCGCGUUCCUGGAACACUCAAUCAGAACAACGCGCGCGACAAUGGCUGCGACCUUCGAUCAGUAUGACAAGUCGAGCUGGUACUUUGGUGCUAUGUCACGACAGGAUGCAUCAGACUUGUUAAUGGGUGAAAAAGAAGGUGGUGUAUUUUUAGUACGAGAUAGUACCUCUAUACAUGGUGAUUUCGUGCUGUGUGUAAGGGAGGACAGUAAAGUCAGCCACUACAUUAUCAAUAAAAUCCAACAAGGAGAUCAAAUUCGAUAUCGAAUUGGAGAUCAGAUGUUUCCGGAUAUUCCCAGUCUUCUAGCCUUUUAUAAACUUCAUUACUUAGAUACUACACCAUUGAUUAGGCCAGCACCAAAGAAAACACAAAGGGUAAUUGCAAAGUAUGAUUUCGAAGGCAAUGAUUCUGAAGACUUGCCAUUUAGAAAAGGUGAUAUACUCACUGUAAUAUCAAAAGAUGAGGAACAAUGGUGGACGGCUAGAAAUAGUGUCGGUCAAACUGGUUCGAUACCAGUGCCGUACGUUCAAAAGUACGACGAUGAUAGUCAUAUGAUAAUAGAGAAUAAUUCGCGGCCUGAGAGCGGCGGCAGUUCCGGCUCUAAUUCGAAUUCAGGGCCUACAUCACAGGUAUCUCAUACAGAAACGACAGGACAGGCGACUGUAACGCGAAGAUCAAAUAUUCAGAGAACACUGCCGGCUUUUGCCAAAGUGAAACAGGCAAGAGUGCCGAACGCGUACGAUAAAACUGCGCUAAAAUUAGAAGUAGGUGAUAUGAUAAAAGUGACAAAAACUAAUAUCAAUGGCCAGUGGGAAGGUGAAUUGCAUGGCAAAGUCGGACACUUCCCGUUUACACAUGUGGAAUUUGUAGAUAACGAGACUGGUGAAGACAAUCAGGAGAUUUAACAGAAAUUCUCCGAGUGUAAUGUGCAUCACAUGUAUGAAAAAGGAAAGAAAGACUCCUCCUAUAUUAUCAAAAUUUAGGAUUACUAAUGACAUCUAUUAUAUGUGCCAUUUCAUAGAUAUAUUUACGCCCAAGUCUGAACAACUAUACAUUGCUGCAUACAAUAUGCUAAAA